AUCUUGCUCUUUCAACGGUUUUUUUUUCAAUUCAGCACCCAUGAUCUUUUGACGAACAGAGAGUGUUUGGAGAGAAACAGAGUCAUCAGAGACAGACAGAAGGGGGAUUUUUGCUGGGGAAAAUGGAGGUCGAGGAGGAGGUUAUUUCGGUUGAGCUUCCAGCUCCUGUUGCUUGGAAAAAAAUGUACUUUCCCAAGAAGGGCACCCCAAGAAAGAAUGAGAUAAUUUUCAUUGCUCCAACUGGAGAGGAGAUUUAUAAUCGGAAACAAUUGGAGCAGUACUUGAAGUCGCACCCUGGCAAUCCUUCAAUAUCAGAAUUUGAUUGGGGUACUGGUGAGACUCCAAGGAGAUCAGCCAGGAUAAUUGACAAGGUCAAGGCUACUCCUACUCGUGAAAAGAAGCCUCCAAAGAAGCGGAGCCGAAAGUCUGUGGGUUCAAAGAAGGAUGACAAAGAAGCAGAAGCCACUCCUGAAAAGGCAGAGGUUGAGAAAGAAAUCCAAAUGAAAGAUGCAGAUGCAACUGAGGAUGCAAGCAAGACUGCAGAUGCAACUGAGGAAAACAAGAAUCCAGAUGCAAAAAUGGGAGAAACUGAUCCAGAGGCAUUCGACAAGGAAGUUAAGAUCAAAGUUGCUGUUGAGGAAACCAAUCCUGGCAAUGAUGGAAAAGAAACUGCCCUUGCUGAAGAACCCAACAGUGCAAUUGAAAUCAAAGUUGCUGAUGCAAAAGUGGAGGACAAGCCUACUGAGGGAGCUGGUGCUGCUGAAGUGAAUGAAAAUGCAAAAGAAUCAGCUGUAGACUGUGAAGAAAAGGUGUCACAAACUGAGACUGAGAAACAGAAAGUGAACGUGGCAUCUGAGAAGCCUCAGGACAACCCUAAUGGAACAACUAUUGAAGCAAAUGGUGAUCCAGGGAAAGAGAACCCCAAUGGAACAGCCCCUGUUUUUGAGGGAGAGAUGAAAGAGAAACAUGAUGUUUUGGAAAAUGAUGCGAAACCCAGCAUCGAAGCGAAUAAGACAAAGCGCGUGGUUGGGGAGGCGAUCGAAAAUGGCAAAGUUGGCCAGAUGGGGCAAACUGAUACCCCAUUGCAGCCAGGUCCAUCUCCAGAGACUUGCUGAAUCUAGUGCACAGUUAUUCCCCCAGUCACCAUCUUUUUAGUGAUCGUUACCUUUUGGACUUCCUAGAUGACUGUAAACAUUAAUGUUUAGAUUUUAAGGUAUAUUUUUGUCUAGAUCUGUAGCAUGUAGGGAAAGCAUGUAGGUAUAUUUUAAGGUAUAUUUUGUUUAGAUGACUGUAAACAUUAAUGCUUAACCCCUGUUAGUGUAGGCUGUGGAUGGUGCAACUUCCAUUACAUUGUGCAGGGAACUCAGAUUGUAGACUCAACUUGUUUGAUUACAGGGUUUAAGUUUUAUUAUAUCCUUGUUCUCUGUUCUCUUGCU